AUGAAGCUCUCCCUCCUCGCUGUCCUUGCCGCCACCGGCGCCGCCGCUCUGCCCACCAGCGACUCUCCCGCCCACGCCGCCCGCGCUGCACUCGAAUCCCGCGCCACCACCUGCAGCGUCGCCGCCACCGACAAGCUUAUCUUCAAGGCGUCCAUGGCAACCUUCCAAAAGGCGCGCCGCGACAAGAACCCCAGCAAGUGCAACUGGUCCUCGGACAAGUGCUCCUGGUCACCGGACAAGCCCGCCGGCUUCAACUUCGUGCCCAGCUGCGAGCGCCACGACUUUGGCUACCGCAACACCAAGAGCCAGGGCCGCUUCACCAAGGCCAUGAAGACGCGCGUCGACGACAACUUCAAGAAGGACCUGUACAACUACUGCGCCCAGUUCUCCGGCCUGGCCUCGCUCAAGGGCGUCGAGUGCCGUCGCAUCGCCGACACGUACGUUUUCUUCGUGCGCAAGUUUGGCAAGCGCGACGUGCCGAUCGAAUCGGCGGAAGAGGAACAGGCGGCGGCGGCGGCGGCGGCGGACGAGGGGUUCACCAAGAAUGAGGGCAGCGUGCUAGAUAUCGAGCUGGAUGACGACAUCGAGGGGCAGGUGAUUCCAGAGAUUGAGGAGAAGGGCGAAGACGUUGACGAUCUCGAUGCCUGGUUUGGUCCGGAUGAGGAGUAG